ACAUUUGACGUCGGUCCUUGUUCAAUAACAGCACGACGAUGAGUUGGGGAAAGACGAGUUGACUUGAACAAGUUUGAAUUUAGAACUCCUAAUCGACAGGAGCUUGGCCGGGUGGGAAAGGGAGGAUGUCGCAGCUUUUGAGGCUUGUCUCAGCGGCCGCGCGACCUCUGUGCUGCCGGGCUGGACUUGUCGCGGCUCGGUUAAACGCCGGCGCCGUCGGACGUCGCUUCAUUGGCGGAUACACGCGCUUCGGCGUGCCGAGGGCGUCCCCAACCUACGGCUUUCGGGUGGUUCGGCAACGUCUUUAUUCGACUGAGCCCCAAGACGUGAAAGGAGAUAGCGGAGGCGGACGGGGAGGACGGACAGGAGGUGGCAAGAGAGGAGGAGGAAAAAAAGACUGGUGGAGUCGAAUGCAGAAGGGCGACUUCCCGUGGGACGAGAAGGACUUCCGCUACCUGGCUGUCCUGGCGGCCGGCGCCUCUUCCACGCUGCUCUACAUGUACUUCCGCGACAGCGGGCACGAGAUCACCUGGAAGGACUUUGUGCACCGCUACCUGGGUCGCGGCUUGGUGGACCGUCUGGAAGUGGUCAACAAGCAGUACGUGCGCGUCAUCCUCAUGCCCGGCGCUGAAGGGAGCUACGUGUGGUUCAACAUCGGCAGCGUGGACACAUUUGAAAGGAACUUGGAGACGGCCCACUUGGAGCUGGGCAUGGAGGCGUCGCGCCGGCCCGCCGUGGUCUACAGCUCCGAGAGCGACGGGUCUUUCCUGAUGAGCAUGAUUCCCACGCUGCUGCUCAUCGGCUUCCUGCUCUUCACACUGCGCCGCGGGCCCAUGGGUGCGGGGCCCGGCGGCGGCAGGGGCGGGCCCUUCAGCAUGAGCGAAUCCACCGCCAAGAUGAUGAAGGACGACAUCGAGGUCAAGUUCAAGGACGUGGCCGGCUGCGAGGAGGCCAAGCUGGAGAUCCUGGAGUUUGUCAACUUCCUCAAGAACCCGCAGCAGUACCAGGAUCUCGGAGCCAAGAUCCCCAAGGGUGCCGUGUUGUCGGGACCUCCCGGGACCGGCAAGACUCUUCUGGCCAAAGCCACGGCCGGCGAGGCCAACGUUCCCUUCAUCACCGUCAACGGCUCGGAAUUCCUAGAGAUGUUUGUGGGCGUCGGUCCCGCCAGGGUGAGGGACAUGUUCGCCAUGGCGAGGAAGAACGCUCCCUGCAUCCUCUUCAUCGACGAGAUUGACGCGGUGGGCCGCAAACGGGGCGGCGGCAACUUUGGCGGGCAGAGCGAGCAGGAGAACACGCUCAACCAGCUGCUGGUGGAGAUGGACGGCUUCAACACUGCCACCAACGUUGUGGUCCUGGCCGGCACCAACAGACCCGACGUCCUAGACCCCGCCCUCAUGAGGCCCGGACGCUUUGACAGACAGAUCUACAUCGGUCCUCCGGACAUCAAAGGACGGGCGUCCAUCUUUCGAGUACACCUGCGACCCAUCAAGUUGGACCCUAACGUGGACAAGGACAUGCUGGCCAGGAAGAUGGCCGCCGCCACGCCCGGCUUCACCGGGGCAGACAUCGCCAACGUUUGCAACGAGGCGGCGCUGAUCGCGGCCAGGCACCUCCACCCGCACGUCGGCCACAAAGACUUUGAGCAGGCCAUCGACAGGGUCAUUGGAGGUCUGGAGAAGAAGACGCAGGUGCUUCAGCCCACAGAGAAGAAGACGGUGGCCUACCACGAGGCGGGUCACGCCGUGGUGGGCUGGUUCCUGCAGCACGCCGACCCGCUGCUUAAGGUGUCCAUCAUCCCCCGCGGGAAGGGACUGGGCUACGCACAGUACCUGCCGCGCGAGCAGUACCUCUACAGCCGCGAGCAGCUCUUCGACAGGAUGUGCAUGAUGCUGGGAGGGCGCGUGGCCGAGAGCAUCUUUUUCGGACGCAUCACCACCGGCGCGCAGGACGACCUCAAGAAGGUCACGCAGUCGGCGUACGCACAGGUGGUCCAGUUCGGGAUGAGUGACAAGGUGGGCCAAGUGUCCUUUGAGCUGCCGCGCCAGGGCGAGAUGGUCCUGGAGAAGCCGUACAGCGAAGCCACGGCCGAGCUGAUCGACGAAGAGGUCCGGGCGCUGGUGGAGCGAGCGUACGCGCACACGCACCAGCUGGUCCAGGACAAGAAGGAGCUGGUGGAGCUGGUGGGCAAGCGGCUGCUGGAGAAGGAAGUCCUGGACAAGGCGGACAUGUUGGAGCUGCUGGGCCCACGGCCCUUCGAGGAGAAGUCCACGUACGAGGACUUUGUGGAGGGCACGGGCAGCUUGGACGAGGACACCAGCCUACCCGAAGGCCUGCGGGACUGGAACCGCCAGCGUCCCGCCGCUGCCGACCCCGAUGACCAAGCUCGCGACAAACAGCACGCCAUCUAGACUGGUGGUCAUUUUCUCGGACACUUGUUUGGAAGCAUGGCUGCGAGACCUCCUAAGGUGCUCUCGGACAGAUUGGCUUCAACUUUUAAGCAACAAAGCAACACCAAUUAUUGGAUUGUUCAAGGACAUUCUUUUGUGAAAUCUUAGGGGUCGAUGUGUCUCAUAACGUUUGGUUUGGAUACCUGCUGCAGCUCUGCUUACCUUUUGGCUUUUUCAUUUCAACGGCCACUCCCACCAUCUGCCUGCCUGGUGGCUUUUCCCACUCUGGGGACUUCACCAUAACGUUGGCCGUGGAACUGGUUUGCUCCACUGUAAAGUCACAAGUUAGCAAAAUCACAUUUUGGCAGGUUGUCCAACAACUUCACAGUUGAUGGCCGGGUUGGCACUCCAAACACAUGACACCCCUCCGUAAUAGGUCAUCUUGGGGCUCCAGCACCGAACGCUGCAAGGACGCUGUUUGUAUACCAUUUUUAUGAUGUUUUUUUUCCUUUUAUCCCCCAAUUUUCUAAUGAAGACCAUGACAUAGUGCCACAGCCUACUGUGACAUGAUGUAAACAUUUUGACGGUUUGAGUUAUUCAACUUUUUUUUUUAAACAGCAAAGUUGACGUGAAAGUAAAAAGAGGAACGUUUCCUGUAUUUAUUCAAAAUUCUUUUAGAUUCAGGAUUCCAGAAUAAAAUUUCAACAAUGUUCUUUGUCCAAACAGA